CAGCACCUACUCCACCAUUAUACACGAUGUUUUCCCUCUCCUCCUGAUUACAUCUCUUCGUCUGCCAUUUUCGCGGGAUCAUCACAACAUCCUGUUUGCCAUUACCUAUUCAGUGGAACUACGUCUCGUCUGACGUGUCAUCUCCUUCUGUUUCCUACAAAACCAAAAGCACCGAGUCUUCUGUCAGAGGAAAAUCUUCGAGUAUCUUCUACCUGUACAGCCACAGGAACAGUAGUCCCAUCUCAACCAAUAGAGAUCUCCAGAGGACUCUGGCCGGAUCAUCUUCUCAACGUCCAACAAGCUCAGCAGCUGCGCGAUCUUCCCCGGCAUUUUGAACUCUGUGUGCAAGUAUAUCAUCUUGAUCUGCAUUUACUUCUCCACAACCUCCAGUAUUGUUGA